AUUGCCUAAUAAGACAAAGAUGGGGGCGCCCUUUCGUAUUUUGGGCAGUCAAAAAUUUUGAAGCCACCAUUUAUUAAUCCAAAAAUUUUUGCUCCUGCUGUUUCGAUACUCCGUAUUUGUUAUGAAAACUACGAGUAGUUUAAUCAAUUCAAAGCCAGAAGCUUCUUUAAUCAACAAAAUCUCUGGCGUUUUCUCAAACAAUGACGUACAAUUUUCGUCCCCGAUUUCAUCUUCCAGGACCACGGAAAUGGAGUUGGUCCAAGGAGUUGUUCGAAUGUUGCAAGGGUUUUCGGGUUCGUUGUUUUACUGGGACGAAAAGGGGCCUCGAUUUUGUCUGAGAAGUGGGAUUUACGUGACACAUUUGUCUCAGUCAAGCCUUGGCGUGAUACUCAAUCAAUUCUUGUAUGCGGCUACGUGUUUGGAACUUGUGCAAAUUGCGGUUUCUAAAGUGGAGUCGCUGCUUAGAUCUCCUCCUCCCACUUUCAGAGCUUUUGCUUCCGCUGUUUCUUCUUGGCUCAAGAGGUUGCGUGAUAUUGCUUUGAAGGAAGAAACAAAGAUCAGUAAUUCAAAUGGAGGAAUCACACUGACCCUCUUGGGAUUAACAAGUUCUUUAUCGAGCCUUUGCUCUGGUGCUGAAUAUCUACUGCAAAUAGUUCAUGGAGCCAUUCCUCAAGCAUGUUUUGAGCCUACUUCUUGUAUUCUACCUUCUGACAUUGCUGUUCAUAUCCUUGACCAUCUCUAUCUAAAGCUUGAUGAAGCAUGUCUUGUGCAAGGUGGUGAGGGGGAUGUAUAUCAGAUGCUGGUUCAUAUAUUUGUUGGAAGCUUACUGCCUUACAUUGAGGGUCUUGACUCCUGGCUUUUUGAAGGGACACUGGAUGAUCCUUUUGAGGAGGUUUUUUUUUAUGCUAACAGAGAAAUCUCAGUUGAUGAGGCUGAGUUCUGGGAAAAGAGCUAUUUACUAAGGAUGGCACAAAAUUGCAAGUUAAAAGUUGACCCCUCUGCCCCAAGUUAUACCCAUGAUUAUGUACCUGGGACGAGCAACAAGAAGGAAACGGCUGAAAAGGAGUUUGUUUCUACAUCUAGUUCUAUGAAAGGAAAAGAGCAAAACAAUAGAGACCUUUUAGCGUGUCCUUUAUUUAUUAAGGACAUAGCAAAGUCAAUUGUUUCUGCUGGGAAAUCAUUGCAGCUGAUCCGCCAUGUUCCUAUGACAUCAACAAUGCUUUCUUGCAACAAUAAUGAUAAAGGCGAUGAUGGUUUUGGGAGUUAUAAUGGUGACUGCAAUAUAAACAAGAUUAACCAUUGGCAGGGCGUGGCAGGGUUAACGUUAGCUGAAAUCUUUUGUGUGUCGUUAGCAGGUCUUUUAGGCCAUGUUGAUCAUAUCUCUCGACAUUUUUGCCAAGGUAACCAGUGCAAAGCAGAGAAUAUUUCUUCCUUGUCAGUGUAUAUGACAGAACAGAUCAUGGAGUAUGGGACUGCUGAACCUUUGCCACCUUCAACAUACUCAGAGAGAAUCUGGUAUAAGUUCUUAGUCGACUCAUUGUUAAAGAAAAACAUAAUAGAUGUAGAGCCUGCAGAUAAGGAUUCAUAUUGUUUGCCAGAUACAAGAGCAGAAAAUAUGGUUAUAGGACUUGAAAAUAAAUAUUUGCUCCAAAGAUCCUUUUGUCCAGAAAAUCCAGUUAUUACUGUGUGUCAAACAUUCCUUGAUAAGAACAGGAAUUCAUGGAAGGCACUUAACUUAUCACAAAAGUUCUACUUACCCCCUUUAAAUGAUGAAUACUUAAGAAAAGCAGUUUUUGGAGAGAAAAGUGAGCCAGUUUUUGGACCUCAAGGAACAAACUAUAUGCUUGGUUUCCAAUUUGGUGAAUCUGAACAUCUUCGUGCUCAGCAUGACACCAAGUUGUUGGAAGUUUUGUUACCCUUUCCUACUCUUCUUCCUUCUCUACAGGAUGACAUCUGCAUGUCAAAGCUCUUGCCUUUCCAGAAGAACAGCACCCUUUCAUCAAGAGUACUUAACUGGAUUCAAACUGUUCAGCCAAGAACUACCCCACUUCCUAUGGUUAUUAUGCAGGAAUGUCUCACUGUGUACAUCAAGAAGCAGGUGGAUUAUAUUGGCAUCCUUGUCCUGUCAAAGUUAAUGAAUGGUUGGAGAUUAAUGGAUGAGCUUGCAGUGCUGCGUGCCAUAUACUUGUUAGGAUCAGGUGAUUUGCUGCAACACUUUUUGACAGUGAUAUUUAAUAGGCUAGAUAGAGGAGAAACCUGGGAUGAUGAUUUCGAGUUGAACACAAUAUUGCAGGAAUCAAUUAGAAACUCGGCUGAUGGCUCGCUACUCAGUGCACCAGAGUCUUUGGUGGUGUCCAUUUCAAAGACUUAUGGUUUUGAUGGUGAUGAGCAAACUAAUCCAGUUAUCGUUGGUUCAAUUCCUCGUAAAAGUCGUCCACACAGCUUUGGAAUUGAUGGCCUUGAUUCUCUGAAAUUCACCUACAAGGUCUCAUGGCCUCUUGAACUAAUAGCUAAUUCAGAGGCAAUCAAGAAGUAUAAUCAGGUCAUGGCAUUCUUGCUGAAGGUCAAGCGGGCAAAGUUUGCACUCGAUAAAGCUCGGAGAUGGUUGUGGAAGGACAAAGGCACCGUAAGAAACAACCGCAAGCGCCACUGGUUAGUGGAGCAAAAACUCCUUCAUUUUGUGGAUGCUUUUCACCAAUACGUAAUGGACAGAGUGUAUCAUAGUGCAUGGCGUGAACUUUGUGAAGGAAUGGCAGCAGCUGGGUCUCUGGAUGAGGUUAUAGAAGUACACGAGGCCUACUUAUUAACAAUUCAUCGGCAGUGCUUUGUGGCUCCAGAUAAGCUGUGGGCUCUGAUUGCAAGCCGAAUCAACAGCAUUCUUGGACUAGCUCUGGACUUCUAUUCCCUACAGCAGACUUUAAGCAGUGGUGGAGCAAUUUCUGCAAUCAAGGCCAGAUGUGAAAUGGAAGUGGACCGGAUUGAGAAGCAAUUCGAUGAUUGCAUUGCUUUCCUCCUUAGAGUCCUGUCUUUCAAGCUCAAUGUGGGUCACUUUCCUCAUUUGGCUGAUCUGGUCACGAGAAUUAACUAUAACAAUUUCUACAUGUCUGAUGGUGGACAUUUGAUGACUGCCCCUAGCUCUGAAAGUGCUACUGCAAGACUGGGAAAGGCCUUUGCAAGUUAAACAGACUUAAUACCGUUGAUUUCUGUUACUUAUGGUGCCCUAUCUGUAAACCAGGUAUGAUCAAGGCAGUUUGAUUGAUAGUCUCUAAAGCUGCUCUGACGUAUGAUCAUUGAGUUUGUGAAAGACAAGGUGAGUUUGAUGAAAUCAGUUAGUUUGGCAGCAGGUAUGAUCUUUGCAUCAAGAUUUGGAGUUGAUCAACAGUCUGCCUUUAGAGUCCAAUUGUACAGUUUGGUUAUCCAAAUCCUGGUAUGGAAAGUACACAGUUCCAUUAGAUUUUAGGUUUUUGAUGAUGUGCAAAUCAUAAUGUGGUGUGUGGUUGAUAUAGGCAGUCGGCAGCAUGUUGAUAUUAGUUCCUGCUUUUUACUUUCUCUUACAUGUUCAUGAUAAUCAAUGCUUACUGUAAUUGUUCAUGGCAUCAUGAACGUUCUAUCUUGGAAGUUCACUGGAAGUUGGUCUUGUGACUGAAAAUUUGGUGAAUGUCAUGUUGGGAGAUACAGUGAGAAUAUUGCCACCUUUGAGAAUAUAUAUAUAUGGAAGGGAUCAACUUACUCCAAAAAGUUUCACUCUUUUUUAACCGAAGAGAUGAGAUUGAACUCAUUUUUUCUCAUUUUCAUUAAUCUCUCGUC